AGUGGCGCAACUUCUGAAUGCGGACGUCAAUUCUCAAGCUCUUGACACUUUGCCCGAAUAAACAGUUCGCUUUAUCCUUUUUGCCCUGCUUUAAAUUAUGCAAACACAUCAAUUAUUAUCUUCUCGAAAAUAUAUAUAAACAAAAAUAUCGAAACCAACACAUCAAAACAAUUUUUUCUCAUUUCACAUAUGAUAACCAAAACAAUGAUUCAUGCUCUCGAAGAAAUGCAAAGAUCAUUCCUCGCGAUUGAUAGAUAAGCAGAUAAAAAAAGGGCGAUUCGAUCCAAUGAGAUAAAGUAAACCUCGUGCGCCCAUUUUGCAUAUUUCUUCGCUUUUCCUGAUACGCCCUGCACUGUAGAAGGCGGACGGCGGACCUACGUGACGAAGGAAAGCGCGCGGGUCUUGACGAAGCCGAAGCACGCCGUCGGAGGGUUCCACGGUGAGUCCAGGUUGUUCACGUCGACCCCACGGACCCCGUUGAAUGAGAGACGCGCGGGUGCACGAUGAUCCGCCGUCAGCAGUGAUCGUAGCCGGCGCCGCGCGGGCCGCGCCACGACAUGGCGACCGUCAAGGUAACGGAGCAGAAGGUUAUCCUGUGCGGCGAGUACGGCGUCGGCAAGACGUCGAUAUUCCGGCGCUUCGCCAACAACACGUUCGUCGCCAGCAGCGACCGCAAGUCGACCCUGGGCCUCGACAACAUCGACAAGGAGUACGUCGUCGAGGACCGACGAAUACGCCUGCAACUAUGGGACACCGGCGGUAUGGAAAGAGUGGCGUCCGUUACCUCGAGUUACUACAAGUUUGCAGAAGCUGCCAUUCUGGUGUUUGCCCUGGAUAACUCGACGUCGUUUCAUUUGUUGUCUCAACAUUUGCUCGACAUAGUUACGUAUGCGGAGAACGCCAAGAUAUUCCUUUGCGGGAACAAGAGCGACUUGGAGAGCGUCGCGCCGCAAGUCACAGACGCAGAGAUGGAACAAUUCUGCGAACAAUGUCACAAUCUGAUCUCGGGGAUAUACAAAACGUCGUGCAAAACCGGCGAAGGGGUGAACGAGAUGUUCGAGGAUAUAGCGCAACAUCUGGUUGAGGCUAAUCGAUCGCGAAUGGAGCUUCACGAGAUGGACAAGGAUCGAUUUAAGAUCUCGUAUGUCGACGAGGCAACCGACCCAUCGUGUUUGUGCUAAUCUGUAAUUAAUACGUGCGAGAAUACGCGAGUCCAGUCUUUGAGAAUCUUCUAGGCUCGAUGCGGCGUGUAAGAGAAACAAAGGGAAACGGAGCGAAACCUUUCAUAUCGAGCCCUUGUCACGCGUGACUUUCCUAUGAGGGAAGGUUGCGUCUCGCGUCUCGCGGAGAAAAAAAGAGGAAGAGGGAGAAUCUAUAAACGUGAGGCACAUGAUAUAAAGCCUGUUCGUUUUCGCUACAUUUCUGAACUAGUGCAAUAAGUUUGAAUGAAACAAAUAUAUAAUUUUCUUUCAUUCCAACUUGUUGCACUAGCUCAGAAGUGCAGCGAAAAUGAACAGGCCUGUACACACGCAAGUUGCGUGUCACGGUCGGAUCAGUUGUAGGAUACGCGAUGGCAAAAACUUUUUCGAUUAAAAUUUUUAUUACACGUUGCGAAAUUAUAUCUUAAUCGACUAAGCUUCACCUAUUAACGUGAUUUACGAUCGGUAUUAUAUUAUACACUUGAUCAAUAUACAUACUAUAUAUACUUAAGUUUGUAAAGGCUACACGAUAACGAGGCACUAGUGCUGUGUCCAUUUGAUAGUCUUCAAGUCGAUGCCAUCUUCUACCAUCUCCCACAGUGGGCUGCAAGAAAACGAGGAUAUUGGAAUUUUUGUAUGGGCCUUCGUGUAACGUCGUCCCGGUUAAUAAAUGUACAAUAGAUAUA